GGAGCCGCGGCAAACCGAGGUAAGGUGGUUCAGAUGCAAGGCGAGUUUAACCCACGCAGUUUAUCCCAGAAACUCACGUCGCACACGGAUUUUUCUCCUAAACAACAACAGUAUGCAGUCCAAGCUUCUUCUGAAAAGACGAGAACAAAUACGCUUCAAGGAAACCGCUGCGUUCUUUUUUCCUCUCUGGAAAUGGAGCGCGCUGCCUUUUCCAACCUCUCCUCCUGUAAGGCUCCCUCUCAGGACGUGCUUUCUCUCAUUGCGGCCAUGCCUGGCUAAACGCAGUCGGGGGCCCUCACGGGUUAAAGCGACAGAGCUCUGCUUCCUAGACGGUGCCUACCAGCCAAGGGGAAGGCGUGUCUCAAUGGAAGUCCUCACUCUCUGGUUUUUGCCACUCCGCCCCUAUGAGGCAAUUGUUCCACAAAAUAUGUUGCGGUCUCCCUCGCCUUGCACCCAAGCACAAUAAAUUGCAGGCGCUUGGACGGAAAAGCGCGAAAUUUUGAAUUUGCUGUUGGCUUUGCGGUUGGGGCAGACUGGUUUAAGUUGCUGUAAUGGAGUUUGCAGACUUUUUGUCUCUUGUACAGCUUCAUGUACAGCUAUUGACUGUCUGCCUUGUGCAGUUGAGGGAUGUGUCCCUCAACUUCAUGCGGGCGGAACAAGAAAGGGAAGAGUAUGAGCACCUCAUGCAAUUGCAGCAAUCCCGAAAUCGAUUGAUGCUUCUGCGCGCUAAGCAAAUGAAGAACCGCAGAAAAUAUAGUUGUACACCUUUGCAGAUGUUUGCUGCCAUGGCGCAUUGUACCUUCAAAAGAAAUAUCCCUCGCAGUGUUUGGGUUCGAGAUCGUUCAAGAUCCUGGUGGGAGACUGAAGUUCUGAAAUACUGGGAUGAUGACCUAUGGCUUGCCAACUUUCGUAUGACAAGGGCAACCUUAUCUGAGAUAGCAGAUCUUCUUCGACCUCAUCUGGAACGACAGGGAACCAAUAUGCGUAAUGCAAUUCCAGUUGAGAAGAGGCUGGCUAUAACUGUAUGGUGGCUCGCGACACUGGAGUGUUAUCGGGAGGUUGCAGUGAACUUCGGAGUAGGAAAGUCAACGGUUGGAGACAUUGUUGUGGAGGUCUGCCUGGCAAUAGAACAUGUUCUUCUUUCCAGAACUGUGAAUAUUGGACAGCAUCAGGAGAUAAUGGACGGUUUUAUGAGCAUGGGAUUCCCCCAGGUUGUUGGGGUUGUAGAUGGAUGUCACAUUCCGAUAAUGGCUCCCACCGGACAGGGCAAGGUAUACAUAAACCGCAAGGGUUUUUAUUCGAUAUUAUUGCAAGGAACUUGUGACCAUACUGGGCGUUUCAUAAACAUUGAGGUUGGUUGGAGUGGGAAAAAUCAUGACUCCUUUGUUUUUCGGAAUUCUGCAAUCUAUCAAGCAAUGGAUGCUGGGGUCUUUGUUCCCGAGAACCCGUCAAUAACAAUCGGGGGGGUUCAGGUGCCUCCACUCAUCCUUGCUGAUGCUGACUACCCAAUGUACCAGUGGCUGAUGAAGCCCUAUGGCGGACAGCUGGACAACUGCAAGAUGGGUUUUAAUCGAGUGUUUAACCGCUGCAGAAAUGUGGUGCAAAGAAGUUUUGGACGUUUAAAAUCAAGAUGGAGCCGUCUCACUGCUCGCCUUCCCGUUGCUGAGGAAAAUUUUGUUAGUGUGGUAACUUCCUGUGUGGUACUACACAACAUUUGCGAGACCAAAGGACAUAUUGUGCAUGAACUAUUUGAUUUGUCUGAUGAGUUGGAACUGCCAGCAUACGGGGAGCAAUCCCGCAGAAAUGACAAUCGGGAUGCGUGCAGAGGGAAUGAAGUUAGAGCUGCUAUAGCCCAGUUUAUAAUGGACAACAAUUUUUAAGUGGACAACAACUUUGUAAUUAACGUCUGUGUAAUAUGUACAAUAUUAUGACAUAUUUUGUUUUCAAACUAUGCGUCCCUUUUUUAUUGUUAAUUGCAAAUAUUUCAUCAAAAUCCUUUCUCGUAUUCCCGGUUUGCAUUGUUCCCUCUGAUAAAAGGAAAAUUCAAAGAACUUCUAUGCCAAUAAUUCCUCCGUUUCUGUUUGCUUGUAUUUGUGCUAUUUCACUAAAUCGAAUGUAUCUUUGCUUUUCUGCAUAU